AUGGAAAUCAUGAAACCGGAGAUAAUAUCCAGACAAACCAUCAAACCCUCCUCUCCCACCCCAGAUUCCAAAAAAAAUUACAAGUUCUCCGUAUUAGAUCAACUCACUCCUGAUCGCCUUUAUGGGGGUGUCAUCCUCUUCUACCAGAACAAGGAAGGGGAUAACUCAGUUGAUGUCGCCCAUAUAUCAAGUGUGCUCAAGAAAUCCCUAUCUGAAACCCUAACACAUUACUAUCCACUAGCUGGAAGGAUCAAAGAUGGAGUUACGGUUGAGUGCAACGAUGAGGGAGCCUAUUUUUCCGAAGCCCGAGUUGACUGCCACCUGGAAGGAUUUCUAAAACAUCCGGAGGCUCGGGAUGAUGUAGACCUGAUUGUGCCAGGGGAAAUCCAAUCGAACAGCUCGGACAUGGGCAAUUAUUCAGAUCACCUUUUUCAGCUGUGGAGGAAUUGCGAUUGGGCUGCGUUGGGUACGCAAGGUUGCUGA